AGGCUGCAGCUUCCUGGAAGGAGAAGCAAUUACCAUCAAAAUAUUCUGUUUAUAUAUCUCUCCAGUAUGUACCUUGGUUUUUACGGCUCACUCUUUCAUGUGACAGACUCUCUCUCUCUCUCUCUAGAUCUCUCUCUCCAGAUCUCUCACUCUCUAUCUCUCUCUCUCUCUCUCUCUCAACUAAAGAGAUGUCUUUCACCUCGUUAAUGGAAUCUACCGACGACCCAUUCCUAUUCGACGACUACUUCCCGUCGAUGGUGGAGAGGCUAGGGGCGGACGGGUUCAUGGGGGAGCUGUGCAACGGUUUCCGCCUGCUGAUGGACGUCGAGAAGGGACUGAUAACGUUCGAGAGCUUGAAGAGGAACACUCUUCAACUAGGGUUGGAGGGAAUGAGAGACGAGGAGCUGAUUUGCAUGCUCGAAGAAGGAGACAUGGACGGGGAUGGGGCUCUGAGCCAGUGGGAGUUCUGCAUUCUCAUGUUCAGACUGAGUCCCGGGUUGAUGGACGGGUCCAAAAGAUGGAUGGAGGAUUCCGGUGGUGCAAGUACCGGAAUUGUGGUGUAGGUGCAUGGUCUUUAAUUAUUAUUACUAGUUGUAUUAAUUGUCUUGUUAAUUUAUUUUCAUGAAUUUUUAUAUUUCGUAAGUACUAAGGAUGUUGUGAUCUUGGUUGUUCGAUCGAUGCUUUGUUCUUGAUGGAAAUAAAAAUUCAAUAAGUGGAUGUUAGGGUCUUGGAUUGGAAUAA